AUGGCUCGAGGUCCCAAGAAGCACUUGAAGCGCGUAGCAGCUCCUAAGCACUGGAUGCUGGAUAAACUGACAGGUGUCUUUGCUCCCCGUCCGUCAACUGGUCCACACAAAUUGAGGGAGUGCCUUCCCUUAAUAAUCUUCCUCAGGAACCGACUGAAGUAUGCCUUAACUGGAGACGAGGUCAAGAAGAUAUGCAUGCAGCGGUUCAUCCGAAUCGAUGGCAAGGUCCGCACAGACAUCACUUACCCUGCUGGCUUUAUGGAUGUGAUCAGUAUAGAGAAGACUGGAGAGCACUUCCGUUUGGUUUACGACACCAAGGGGCGUUUUGCAGUUCACCGUAUCACAGCUGAGGAAGCCAAGUACAAGCUGUGCAAGAUAAGGAAAAUCUUUGUGGGCACCAAGGGUAUCCCCCACUUGGUGACUCAUGACGCCCGCACAAUACGCUACCCUGACCCUCUCAUCAAAGUGAAUGAUACAGUCAAUAUCGAUCUGGAGACUGGCAAAAUUAAAGACUUCAUCAAGUUUGACACAGGAAACCUGUGUAUGGUGAUUGGUGGUGCUAACUUGGGUCGAAUU